AUGAAGGCCAGUUACAAAGCAAUCCACGAUCUUAGGAGCAUCAAGGUGGACCAUGCAGUGGCCCGUGUAAUGCAGCUGCCGACCUUUGCUGUACUAAAAGAGAGAGAGUGGCGUGCACCAUUAGCUUUUGUUUAUGAAGGUGACGCAUGGCCUACAUCUAUUUACCCAUGGCACCUCUGCGAGGUGAGUUGCAGUUAUUUAGAUGUGGCAGGGGAUGCCACGCAAGUAGCAACACAGUGGUGUCCGCAAUUAUCAUCCGACGAGGAACCACGUGGCAUCAACACUCCUAACGAAGACCAAGUGGUGCAACUCUCGCGCUUUGAACUGGUUGGUACGGUGUUCUCCGUUGAGCGCUACCAAUUUUUUGGCCGGAACGAAUCAGAAUUACAGUCCACAGUAGGACCACAGUACGAUCGACCAGUUGGCCCGGCUAUUGUACGUGUGAUCACGAACGAAGGUGGAAUGCCAACAGACGAGAAAACCGCGGCUCAUCGCUUCGCACAGCUACACGGCGAGCAACUGCGGCACAUCUUUUUUCACACCUUUGCCCCGCUGGUUGGCGUCAAAGUGGGUCAACUUGAGAAGAAGUGGAUCAGUUGCGUAAGCAAUGGCAUUUCUAUCUGUGACAUUGAGAGCGGUGGAGUUUCCUCUGUUGGGCAGAGUAGCCAUGACGCGAACGAGGAAGCAUGCAUGGUGUCGCCUGAUGUGCAUGUGGGGCUUCCUAACAUUAACAGUUUUUCUCGUUCAAAUCUUACAGCCGAGGGGGAUUGCAAUGUAGUAAACGCAUUUGCAGUGCCAGCCAUUUCUCCUCGGGCGAGAGCAGGAGCGACGUCAACGACGAAAGCGACAUUUACAGACCUUCCGUUACGCCGAGACUCUAUUCACGCCUUGUUUGAUCAGGAAGAGCGGUACCACGUCGACGUUGUCGGUGGCUGGGCGCGUUGGACAGAUGGGUGGGAUGAAGUUAGUCGCUACGCUGUUGUAAAUUCCCUUGACGAAAUUAUCACUUCUUUGGAGGGUUCGCGCGAAGCAGCACAUGUUGCUGUCGCGUACCUAGACGCGUUUCUUUGCAUGGCCCAGUCGAUGGUCAGGGACCCUACCUAUUUCAGUGGGGUUCUUCUUGCCUGCGCAAUGCUGAGCUGCAAGCAGGUGGAUCGAUUUUUUCCGCCCAUCAAGUCCUUUCUGCGCUGUCUGCGGCCGGAGUCGCGAAUCGCUAAGGAGGAAUUCCUUCGCUACGAGAUGCAUGUGCUCGAAACACUGGACUUUCGCCUGCAGCCCGUCACAUCUCUGGAAAUUGUGGAGAUCUUGCUGCACUUAUGCAGUGGCCCACUCAUUCAGGAGAAUGCGGAGGAGCAGCACCGCCAGCGCGAACAGAGGCGCUGGUGUGACGGGAGGGGAAGUGGAGGUGUGAGCAGAGUGUACGGUGGAGACUGUUUCAACUACAUGGAGAACUUGCGGUGGAAUGACCUGUGCAAGUUGGCGCGCUUCCUCAAUGAUCUUAUGCUCCGCAGCACCAGAGGGCAGGGGUAUCGCCGAACUGUUCUGGGUUUGGCUGUUGUUGCGGUCGCUGCGGAAAAGACGGGCUGGGCGCUACCAGCCCCCUUGGCUGACCUACUAGCUACCUCCGCCCCGACGGAAAUUGACGCGAGUGAGAAGGUGGAACUGGACAGCGACAGCUACGAGCUUCUGGUGAGUUUUGCGACCACGUUAAAGUGCCGUGACGAACAGGAUGCGGAUACUCUCUCAACGGGCUCACUGAGGCCUGUGGUGGAGUUGGUUCGCGAAUGCUACUGGGAGUGCACACAGCGCCCUGUGGAUGGGGUUCUUCGGCGACGGUACGACAUGCAUCUCUCUACGGCGGCGGCGGCAGCGGCGGCGGCCGAGGGGUAG